AUGACGACGACACUUGGCCAACUCCUCGAGGAACACCCAGACAACGGAGCGUACAACCCGGGAUACAAGUCCGGGACGAACAAGGGAUGGGCCAAAAAGUUCUCUCCCGAUCUCAAACUGCGGAAUCGGACCCGCAACGUUGACCUCGGCGACGGAAACUACGUCGUGGUCGCAGACUUUGAUGAAAGUUUCCUGCCAGAACAGCCGGAUGACAUAUCACGGAGGAACCAGUUGGUCUUCCCCCCAAACAUAAGAAGUUGGAGACUUGAGCAGGAGGAAGAUUAUGUGACGUGGUUCCACGCCGAGGUGUCCAACAUCGUUGCAGGCUUCUCCAGCUCGCCCCCGGUCCUCCAGCAAUCCCAGCCGAAGCCUUAUACAGAAGAAAAACACGACGAGUCUAUAGACAUCGUGUAUACUAUCAAGCAUAAUAAAGAGAGACUGCCGCUCGCUAUCGGAGAGCUCAAACGCAAUUUGAUCGAUCCAAUUCAGUGGCUUGAUAAGCGACUCAGGUCAGCUACACAGAAAUCCUUGGCUCGGGAGCUUAGAGGCUACGCCUACAAAUACAGAUGCCCUCAUGCCUUCUGUUUUGACGGUGCUCAUUUUCUCAUGUUGCAAUUCCGGGCAGACACACCGGAAGGCAUUAAAGAUAUCCACUGCGACGUGGACUUCUGGCUCAUCCCUAUCGACAAUCUUGGUGGUUCUACUCUCCGAACGGCCCUGUACCGGCUCAUGGUUCAAGGCCUCCGGAGAUGCCAGGGAGCCCGGGCAGUUCAGCCACUUCUUCAUGGCUACCCGCCGGCGUUGCGUCGUUGGUUCUCCGGUGAGCCGUUUUGGAACGUGGGCAAUGGAGUGUUGGAAUCGAACCCAUGGGGCUACACCCGGUACUUUGAUGCUUCUACCGGGGCUGUGUGGUGGAUGCAUGGAGAUAACAGAGCUGUUGACGAAAGCGGGAAUCCCAUUUGGGACUGCAUGGGACUUUGGGAGAACAAUGCAGGUCAGGACCAGAUGGUGCAGGCUGGGGUGGACGACUACCCUAUGGGCGGGGAGGCCGGCGCGUCAACUUGA